GCCCUGGCCUGUCGCCGCUUAUUUUUAUUACAUGUAACUAACUACAUACUCCAUACAUCUGAACAGCUACAUGUAAUCCAAGAAACAAAAUCAAUCCUAAUUCAUACCUUCCAAGCCUACUUCAUUGCGCGUCACAACGCGAGUUUCGUUUUUAAAAGUCGAGGCUAUGCAAACAGUCAUCACUUAAAUUCACCCUUUUACUUUUGUCCUUUAGUAUUCUAUUCUAUUCUAUUCCGAUUCCUAUUCUUAACUAUUUCCUAUUCUUUCUUCUUUUCGUUUCUUAGGCUGUUGCGUCCGUUCUGGCAACCGACAUCAAUUACGUCAACCAUGUCCUUCACCUCCAGGGAUACCAAGCUAUAUCGAGAAGAUGAGAAGGCCGGGCACAAAACCCUCGACGUGAAAGAACGAGAAAAGCUUGUCCGAAACUAUCUACCAGCUCCACCAAAACGCACCUCAAGUCGCAGUCAUAGUCGCAAGAGGAAGCAUGAAAAAUCCCAUUUUGGCAUUAGGAAAUUCCUUAGAUCCCAACUCUACCUUCUCCUGUACAUCUUCGUACACGCAAUCUUCUCCGUUUAUGUCCGAAUCCGCAUAGCCUAUCAUGCUGUGUCACUCCGAGUUCUCUCCAUACUCAAGUAUCACCACAACACUCCAGACUAUGUCCGAAGAGACGUCAGCACCCUGAAAAGACUACCUCGACAUGUCAGCAUAAUCUUGACCUUGGAGGAUGGUGGGAGAGCAGGAGAUGCAUUGGAGAAACUCGUCAAUGAAGCUUCUGAAGUAGCUGCAUGGUGCGCUUCCGCCGGCAUUCCUCGAUUAUCCAUAUACGAGAGGACAGGAGUGCUUAAGCGCUACAUGCCUCAGAUGCAUCGUGCCUUACUACAAAGACUCAAGGCUUGGUUUGGGAAAGGUCAAGCACCACCACUUUCCCUCUCUAGUCGCGGAGCGUCCACUAUUCACCCUUCCAACCGAGAAUACUUGCCUCACGACUACGUACCGUUGGACGUUGUACUCAUCUCGGAAGAAGAUGGCCGAGAGGCAAUGGUUGACCUUACCAGAGUUUUAGUUCAGAUGGUUCAGAAGGAGAAAAUAUCGGCCAAUGACAUCACAAUAGAUGUCCUAGACAAUGAACUAUCCGAGGCCGUCAUGCAGGAGCCGGAUCUACUCAUCUCGUUCGAGCCCUAUGUCGACUUGCAGGGAUAUCCACCGUGGCCGAUCCGCUUAACCGAGAUAUACUGCGCACCCGACAAUGAAGGCGUCGGAUACCAGGUAUUCCUACGAGGACUACGAAAGUACACGGAAGCAACGUUCAAGCUAGGAAAGUAAUCGGCUAGAGAGAUGAGCCUACAUAAUUUCUACAGAGUGCCCCUUAGCUUGCGAUUGCUGUAAUCAAUAGACGCUUGAUUGUCACAAUUGUAGGUCUUUCCCACUCUUUUCAUUGUAGUCCACAUUGUCGUGACGUUGAUAUAGCGGACCAUACGUAUACUCGGGCAUACGGUCAUAAAAACAAAAGGAUUCAGGUUAAUGUUAUGGGCUAGGCAUAUUGCCUAGUGUCUGGGAAGUGUGUAAACAGGGUAAUCUAGGGAUACAUAGUAUCUAGGUUUAAAAGGAAGAACUUCAUAUUAUCUACAUGUAUAUUGAUACCCAUAUAGGAGAAGAUUUAGAUUUCAGGAUCCAGGAUAGUAUAAAAAUGAUUAAUGUGCAUUUUAGUUAUCAGA